AUGAGGAAUCGUUAAUUUCGAAAGAGAAUAAACAGCCAGCAAAUGACUUGAAAUGUCCACAGUCGAAAAGGGGACAAAGAGAACACAAACAGCUACAACAACUGCCUGAUAGUGGCGUAAACCACACCAGCACAACAGCAAAAACAACAGCAGCAGCAGCUUUAAUCUCCCUCCGUAGCACAAGCGAAACAACUGCGACUGCCACAACCGCCGCAACAUCAACAAACAACAAAACACCAAUUGCAACUCUAACAACACCAACGACCAAAGUAACCUCAACAACUCAGCAAAAGCCAAACGCACCUCAAACCGAACAGCUGCAGCAGCUUAAACAGUGGCAGCAACUGAGUGGCCGCAAUAGCAAGAGCAGCCACAGCCACAAAAGCAACAAUAGCAAACGUAUUGUUGCUACACCGCACGUUCACUGCAUCAAUUCUCACAACGAUCCCGUAAUCAGCGCAGUCACAACUGCAUCACACACUUUAACAACAAGUGCUACUGGCGCCGCGCGUGGACAAUCGGCUGUUUCAAACACCGCUGCGGGCACACCUACACCGAGUCCACUAGCGAGUGGUAUAGCGUCAACGACGUCAACGGCUGCCACGCCGGCGUCGUCGUCGUCGUCGUCCGCAUCUUCAAUCUCGCCGAAAGCGAGCUGCAAUAAAGUUAUGAGCAGUCACGCCACAGCGACUCAGCAUAGCGGACAAACAACAGUGGUCGGUCAUCAUCGCGGCUUCUCGCAACCAUCCGUGACAGUGGCGGCCAAUUCAGCAGGCGAUCCAUGGUUCUUACAAUCCACCGGGCAUCAAAUGCCGCCCACAGCGCCUUUACGACACAAUAAACGUCCCGCGCCGCAACCGAAUCACGGCGGUGUGGGCGGCGGCUUAGGCGGCAUUGGCAUCGGCGUAGGUGGUGGCGGCGGAGGCGCGAGUGGCGUCGGUAUAGCGAAUGCUGGCAGCGUAGGCGUCAGUUUGUUGCAUCAGCAGCAACUAAGCCAAUCGCAGCCGCAUAUUGUACCGCCAAAUAUACCGCCACACCAUCACAAUAACGUGAACCAACACCACAAUCCAAUCCACUUGUCCUCGCAUGCACUUAAUAGUCAUAAUUUAAUAUCAGUUGCAACCGGCGCCAAUCAUUCACCAAAAUCACCCAAUCAGCAACAACAACAGCAUGGUGGCAAUUGCGCGCCCGCCACGGGGGGUGUGACAGCCGCUGCAGUGGCUGCCGUAACGCAACAGCAACAACAACAGCAUUUGCAGCUUCUAGGCAAUGCUUCCAGCAAUAGCAACAACAAUCUUAUGUCGUCUUCAUUGAAUGCGGCACAACAUAGCGCCGCACUAUCGUUGCACGAACGCGGUCUACCGCCGAAAAGUGGCGCCAUUGUUGCUGGCCUAGGCGGCGCACUACACGGCAGCAACAUGCUGUUACACCAAGCGCAAGCGCCCUCAUCGCUCUCGAGCAGUCAACAGCAAACGCAAUCGGCGAUAUCGCUCAACACUGCUGGUGGCAGUGGCGGUGUUGGUGUUGGUGGCAGCUCAGGCAUAGGUGCGACUAGCAUGUCUACAUCAUUGCAUAGUUUCGAUUUAAAUGGUGGUGGUGUGGCGGCCAAUGCCUGGUCGAGUAAUUCCAAUGCAGCAGCCGCAUCGUUGCACUCACCCACCAACGCUAUGGCUGGCGGCGUUAAUCAACACCAUAUUCAGCCGCAACGGAAGUGCGAAGUGAAGCUGAACGCAAUGCCUUGGUUUCAUGGCAGCAUAACACGCGACGAAGCCGAACACCUGUUGCAGCCUCGCGAGGAUGGCCUAUUUUUAGUACGCGAAUCGACUAACUUCCCAGGCGACUAUACACUAUGCGUCUGCUUCCAAGGCAAAGUGGAACACUACCGUGUCAA